ACGCGUGGCAGUAUCCAGGGAGAGGAAGGUCGGGCCCAAGGAAGGCCGGAAGUCUUCUCGGAGCGUGGGGAGGCAGGUCUUCUGCGGGUGCUGCCGGUCAUUCCUUGGCCCCGCCCCGAAGAGAGCCGCAUGGCGAACGUGAGUGGGGCGAUUUGAGCCUCGUAGCGCUCCGUCCCGAAGUGAAGGGGAGAUUAUCCAGGUGUGGGGUGAAAAUCGACAGUUCCAGGUGCUGCUAGUCAUGGCUGGCACCCUGGUGUUGCUGCUAUAUAUGCCAACCUCCAUUUACUUUUGAUAGCUAUUCUUAAUCUGUUUGCAUAGUCCAAAGGUGAACAAUCUGGAAAUGAAGUGAGCCCAAAAAAGAUUGUGGAUUUCUUUCACUGUGAUUAUGUAAGGCUGGAUUAUUGGCACCUCCAAAGAUGAAUGAAAGUGAGAUAUCGGUUGAGAAGAAUAUAGAGGAGGAGGCAAAAGAUGACAAAGACUUCGCCGAGAGCUUUAACCAACUCGAAUUGCUGGAGACGCACAGGCAUCUGAUCCCCACCGGAACGCAGAGUCUUUGGUCUGGAGAUUCCGAUGAGGAAGAUCAGGAGGAAAAAACCGAAGAAUGGUAUCAAGCCCAGGAGAAGAAGCUAGAGAACAACCCCGAUAAACUGCUGCUUUGGGCAGCUGAAAAGAAUCGACUUAACACAGUGCAAAGGCUCCUGUCUCAAAACCUGGCUCCAGUCAACGUCCGAGAUGAAGACCGAUACACCCCUCUCCACCGUGCUGCCUACAACGGUCACUUGGAAGUUGUGCGCGAGUUGAUCGCCCAUGGUGCAGACAUUCAUGCCUUGACAGUGGACAGUUGGACCCCGCUCCACAGCGCAUGCAAGUGGAACAACACAAAGAUCGCAUCGUUCUUGCUUCAACACGGUGCAGAUAUCAACGCUCAGACCAACGGCUUGCUAACGCCGCUGCACCUUGCUUCAGGAAACAGGGAGAGCAAGGAAACCCUGGAGCUCCUGCUGAUGAAUCGCUAUUUGAAGCCAAAUCUCAAAAACAACCUAGAUGAAACGGCAUACGAUAUUGCUCGCAGGACUGAUAUCUAUCACUACCUGUUCGAAAUUGUGGAAAGCUGCACAAAUUCUGUGUCGGAUUCUUAGUCGUUGUAAACGUUUGAAUGUCGAACUCAUUCCCAGCACCUUUUUGUAAUAAGUACACUUUGUAAUUGCACUCCCAAGUUGGUGCUUUCAACCCCACCUCUCAGUAUAGCUUUACUCUACGAAAUACUGAAAUGAGGUCUCAUUUUGUGGAGAUGUUGUUAUUUUUAUAAUAAUAUAGACUACACUACCCUUACGUUUGUGAAGCAUUUUAACUUUUACUUGAACAAUUUUGGGGGAAUCCUAAGACCCUUGGGGCCAUUUCCCAUGUUGAUCACUUAUACUAAAAGUACACCCAUAACUUAUUUCCCAUGUAAUGUUUUGGGAUAUUAAAUGAUGUGUUCGCACUUGGGGAUAGACGGUUUCAGGUUCUGCCUGCUGCUUGUUUUUGAAACAUGGAAAAAUUCAGGAGACUCAGUUGUUGGCUAACAAAAUGAAAAUUGGAGGCAAAACAUCUUCCAAACACUACUGAAGUCACCAUUUUUAUAUACCUGUUCUAUUUUCUCAGCUGUUGGGCUGAAUCAUCAUGAAACCAAUAGUGUAGUGACAGUUAUGGCCAAGAGUGAAAGGAACUAAUCCAGUUUCUGGUGCAAUAUAGUGUGUUUCCAAUGAAUUCUUUGCCUACUUUUAAUGAAUACUAAAUUGGACUUUUUAAAGUGACCAUAAGUGACUAAAUGUGGCAAGGUGAUGCAGGGUCUGUCGCUAGGAUCUGCAAAUAGGAUCCUAACUCCUUACUGUUCCCCAUCAUGGACUAAAUUGGAGAAAAAGAUGAGCAGUGCUGUCAUGACGGUAACACAGGCAAGUAUUUAUGGCAGUAAAGUCAUGUCGGUGCAUGAAACGCUACAUCAGAAGUGGCCCUUUGAUGCAGGUACUGUGAGGUUCCAGGACUUGCUAGACUGGAGAACAAUACAUCACCAUUUGUCUUUUACAACCAUGGGAACAAUUUGCAGAAACACUUGUCUGUCCUACAUAAGGUAAGAAAUAGCCUGUCCCACAUCAUGUGCAAGUCUGAAGAAGUUUACAUGCAGUGUGCAUGUUGUCUUAAAACAAAAAAACCCCUACAUGUGCCAGUUUUCCUGUGACUCACAUGGCCUUGUUCUGGGAAAAAAGUAGACACAGUUUCAGUCUGCUGUUCCCUGUGCGUAAAUGUGUGAACCUGUGUGUGUGUUCUGCGUAGUAAACUGUGAGACUGCUGAAUGAGAGCUGAAAAAUGCAAAAGCUAAGUUUUUAACUUCUGCAGAAAUGAUGAGCUUGUAAGGGCAGGACUAUGUAUUCUCUGCUGACACUUCAGUUUUUUUGUUUAUAUUCCGUUCAUUUUUUUUAAGGCUUGUGUGUGAAUCUACGCAAAGGUUAAUUUGCUUGUGGUAUGUAGUCAUUCUGCUUGAAUUUGUAUGCCAAAAUCCACUUUGCUUUAAAGGAGACCCAUUUAUCUUCAGUGGGAGGUCUAUGAGGAAACUCUGAAGCAAGUGGUUUCUGUUCUGAAGCCUAAGUCCUUAAAAACCACAAAUCCUAAUUACCUCUUGCAUAAAUGCAAGUCCCACAGAAGUAAAUGGAGCCAUCUCACAUGUAGAUGUGGCUAGAUUCCAGGCCGUACAAUAUAAUUUUUUCAGCUGAUGUAUUCAGAAUUGCAUAACACUGCUUGUUUAUUUACAGACAAGCUUCCGUUGUCUCAAACGUGCUUGCAAUGCCAGUCCCAUUGAAAUCAUUUUUAAAAACCAGUUGUUUCAUAACCAUUUUUAUUAGAAACUAAUCCCCACUGAGAUUUCUGGAACACACUGCCAAAUGAACCGCUUAGUAAAAGUUUGCUGUUCAAAGCGCACUUGUUUGUCAGAGUUCAGCAUUGAAGCCAGUAUUCUUUUUACAGAUACCCACCUGAAAAUUACACUACACCUUUAAAAAUCUCUUUGAAACAUGAGUCACAGCGGCAGCUUCCUCCAAAAAAUUGCUGUGGAUUGUGGCUUUGUAAGAAGGCAAAGCUGCCUUCAGAAAAGAAUAGCGAGCAACAUCAUAGAACUGCAACUCCCAGAAUUCUUGGGCUGGGAUCCCCAACUCGAUAAGCGGGUUAUGUGUCAUGUAGAUAUGUUAAUUUAUAGCAUGUCUUCAGGAUGUGCAAACUACUGUACAGGGAUGUUGUGAAGCACUCAUGCAUUGUAACCAAGGAGAGAACUGGAGUAUUUAUUGUAUGAAAAGACAAAUACAAUCAUCAAAAGUCACUUUAAGUUUUUUUUCAAAUACUGCUGUGAGGUAACUUGUUAAAUUUUCCAAACUGCAUGAAAACUGAAUGUAACCGAGCUUAUACAGGUAACACUUGAAAUACGGUAUACUGUAAUUCUGCUGUCAGUCUUAUUUAAAAAUAAAAUAUUUAACACUUAAA